AUGGGAGCAGGGGUGUCGCAGGCUCGAGUCUACUCGUUGCCGUUAAUUCUCCGCACUGAAAAGCUACACUACGACGGAAUUGACAAUAUGUUGGGCUGCGCUCGUUUCUUGAGGGACUCCAUCGUCUUUGCCUUCGGUGGCGACUGCAGAUUCUCUGCGCGACUUAGUGGGUGGCGUUGGGCGGAAGCAUGUCCUCUCAAGUAUCUUGGUUUGCGCCGCGACCUCGGGAACCGCCGCACCGCUGAGUAUUUUUGCCACAAUGGCAGUCUUGGUGUCAGUAGAAAAAAAAAGCCAAUCUACAUUCGCACCUGUGCACCCAUUCAGGAAAUCCUUGCUUCCGAGGGUGUUAAGCUUAAAGAAAGAGUGUGUACACUGGUCAACCGUGUCAAGCGAGUGCUUCGCGAGUUUGCAGCGGCUAAAGGGAACGUAUCCCGUAUGUAUCUCGUCAGCAACGACUUUGCUCGAUGUAUUAGCAGCCGGUGGGACACACUUAAUAGUGAGGUUAUCUGGGCCCGUAAGCCGGCUGACCGUUUUCACCGUCAGCGCUAUCGUCUUGAAGUGAGUAAUUACGAAAAACUCACAUACAUUUCGGCAUUGACGGUGGUUGCCGAGGAGUCAAGCAGUAGAGAGCACGUGGGAGGUAUUGGGUACGUCAGUGAAGUGAGCGGUUAUAUGGCGUCAGUUGGUGUGGCGAGCGGAGACCGCACAAAUGCGAUCUUGUAUCCAGAAGCGACUCGUGAGAGUUGCGAGCCAAUCAGGAGUGACCAAAGAUCGCAACACGAACCCAACGUGCAGAGGAAAAGCGACGUGAAGACGGAGAGCGGUGAGACUUCGAGAUUUGCGCAGGAGAGCAGUAGCAGAUUGAAUCUCACUUCGAGAUUUGCGCAGUCGAGCACAGAGGCGAAGUAACUGCGAGUACGGAGAAGUGCGAGGUAGUGAGUAGGGUGCACGAAGCGGUCAGAGGACCAACACGAGAAGAGAGAAGGAGAAGAGAGAGAAGAGGUGCGAUUGGACGGACGAUCAGUCGUCAGUGCAUUGGUGGACGCGUGGGGCAACGACAGCGACGGGCGACGAGACCAGGAGGAGAGGACCCUCCAAGUUACUGUGUGGCUGCGAGCCGUAGGGUAGGCGCCAGAGGCGUAAUCCAAGUGGCUUUAGUAAGCGAGGGUUAGUGGGACCCGAAUCGUCGGUGCUUUGCGUGGACAGAGUUGUGCUGGGGGUGGAUUAGAAGGACAGGAGCACGAAGAGUGGGCGCUCGAUAAGUUACGGACGCGUGGCGAGUCGGAAGCGUAAGAGUGAGACUGAGUAGCGGUGUAUUCCGGGAAAGAAGGCCCAGAGAAGAACCGUGGCAAUAGGUCGAGAGUUGAGAGGGUGAGUCAGGUGAGUGAUAGCACGCCACCGAGAGCGAGUUCGCGGCUGCUAGUCACA